AAUCCAUCUGACAUGCAAAAACAGAGCUGUCAUAGAAAAACUGGCAUUUCCAGGCCCAGCCUUCCCAGGAGUGCCUGGAUAUACCAAGUGAAUGUGGAUUGUUACUGCUUCAGAUGCAAGCAGAUGCAGCAGGAGCUGGACGCUUGCAUAGUGAUGGUGGAAACUAGAUGCUUGGGUGGCAAUGGCAGGUUUGGAGAACAUGACCCAUGUCCCGGGCCAGACAGUCCCUGACACUGUUUCGUCUUUGUUUUUACAGAAUCUGGAGGCGAACAAAGAAGCUGAAAGUGAUUAAAGGCCUGGCAACGUGCAUUUUGGAGAGAAUCUGGAGGCGAACAAAGAAGCUGAAAGUGAUUAAAGGCCUGGCAACGUGGUGGGGAGGCUGCUUUUAGGACGGCAGACGCAUACCAUGCUUUCACUCAGAAGCCUGAACUAGUCUGCUGCCGCUGUCGUGUGCCCAGGCCUUGCUUGGAUGUGGCUGAGGCUCAAGUCUGGGCUCUCCAGGAGGAGCCUGGUGAGGCAGGCAAGAGUUUCUUGGCUGGUGCUGGUCUGCAAGAGCAUUUGGUUAAAGGAGUUCAGGAGGAAGGCAUUGGGUUGGCAGGGAAGCAUCCUGUCCAUCCUGCUAAGCUGUGUGGGCCCACACCUCUGUUCCAGCCACAGCACUGGGUUUACCAGUCCUGAGCUUGUCACUGCUGCUUGGACUCAGGAAGGGGUGCAGAGCUGUGAGGAGAUCCUCAGGGUCUCUAGUGCUGUCUUGUCUGGUGGCAGUGAGUGAAACAAGCACAAGGCCUUCUAGCAAGCAGAGCCUCAUUGGCAGCACAGAGGAGCAGGUGAGCCUGGCAGAGCUGACGAAGGCCUUGGACAACACACUCAUGGUCCCUGGGAGCAGGAUUCAACAUGCAGGUGUUGCCUCCUAUGAGUGCAAACUGCAGUGCCUCAGGAUCCGGGUGAGGCAGAUCUCCAGGGAGAGGGAUAAGGCAAGGCUGGACUUGGAGGAAGCAGAGAGACGCUGCCUGCAGCUCAUGGGAGAGGUUGACGAGCACUUUGUUGCCCACAAGUACAGCCAGGGCAAGCUCAGUACCAGACAAGUCCCCAAAGAUGUCCUGCCACAUGCAUACUUAUCGCACGGGCGCAGCACCCUUCCAGCCAAGCUCUCAUCUCCUGCUUUGGACAUUCAGACUGAAAUGAAGGCAAAAGACCUGCUUUUCCAGCAAGCGACCAACCGUCAAGCCAAGCUGGAGGCUGAUGUGCAGUUCCUCCAGGGCAAAGAGGCCAGCUUGCAAGGGAGACUGGACCUCACGAGGAAGGAGAACACACAUCUGCAAAACAAGGUCAUGGAGAUGGCUGAAAAACUGGCAGCCUCGGAAAAGCUUGUGUUGGAGCUGCAGAAAGAGCUCGACUUCAUUAUGAAGGACAAGCUAAGACAAGUGGAGCCACACAGCACAGAGGUCCUGAACCAGGACGAGCGCUUUGCAGAGAUCAUCCUGGAAUACGAGCGGCAGUGCCGGGUGCUGUGGGACCAGAAUGACAAGCUGAAGAGAGAGCUGGAAAGGCUGCAUUGCCAGCUACACAAGAGCAAGGCCCAAGCACACUACCAGGAGAGCAAGGCUGAGCAAGCGCUGCCAACUGAAGAGCUCCUCUUUCCAGUAUGCCGCUCUCCUAGCACUCCAUUUCCCAGUUCGGCAUGCACAGAGAUGACACUCAUGGUGGAGCAGCUCCAAGACCAACUGCAGGACCUGAAGGUGCAACUGGAAGCCAAGGUGAACUACUACAAGCAGAAAAUUGAGUUGAUGAAGAAGAGCUUUGAGAGGGAGAGGAAGGAUAGUGAGGAGAAGUUCAAGGCUGAGAUGAGCAAGGUGGAGGAGCAGAAGAGAGACCUAGAAGAAAGAGUUUCAAAAUAUUGGGCUAUAAUUGAUGGCCUGAAAGAGCAAAAAUGUGUGUGGAGCCCAGAGCUCGAGGAGAGGUUUGAGACGGAGCGAGCCAAGGUGGAACAACAACACACCAAAGACAUUUGCCAUCUGGGGCAGCGGCUGGCUCAGGAAGGAGAAGAGCUGACGAUGCAGAGCAGGAACAGAUUGAGCCUAAGGGGAGAGCCUUGCCAGCUGCUGGAGGGGAACAGCUCACAGGAAAGUCAGCUCAGGAGACUCCAGCAAGAGCCAAGGCUGGAGAAGAGCAGCAAGCAUGAGAAACAGUUGCGCAGAGAGAAGGUGCAGGAUUUGGCUGAAAUAGAAGAGUUAAUUGAGCUGAGUGAGAAGAGCAAGGGGGAGAUCUCCCAUCUGAAUGUCCAGAUGUGUCAGCCAGGCUCUCAGCUUUGUGACCACAAAGACGGUCAAGGCACCAGCUGUGGCCCCGUCCAGCAGUGGAGCCAGAGGCCUCAAGGAGUGGAGAUGGCCACAGGGCCAGUGCAGGAGCACUGCCAGCAGCAGGCAGAGCGUUGGAUGGAGAUGGAUCUGCUCCGGCAGCAGCUCAGGGCCUCCCAGGAGAAGGCCGGACGGGUGGAGGAGAUGGAGGCUGAGCUGAGGCAGCUCACACAGGAGUGCCAGGCGCUGCGGUUUGCCACAGCCCGGCUGAGAGCGGAGCUGGAGGAGCAGCAGGACCAGCUCUUAGAAGCCAAAGCUAGCCUGAGCCUGGCCCAGGCUCGGCACGCGCUGCAGCUGCAGCACGCGAAGGCCCAGAUGCACAACAUGGUACCAAAGAGCCAGUUUGAGCAGCUGCAAACGAGCUUGAGAAAGGAGCAGUGCAAGGCUCAGCGGCUCCAGGAAAACCUCCACCGCCAGGCUGAGCAGGCGUGCAGGCAGCUGGCCGGGACUCAGGAGGAACACGAGCGGCUGCUGCAGGCGGCAGCAGAGCGGGUGGAAGGGCUGGAGCAUGGCCUGAGGAGCACGGAAGCGCUGCUGGCAGAGAAAGCGGCUCAACUCAAGGAUGCGGAGGCCCAGCUCUCUGGGAGCAACAGGAGCAAGCUGCUGAUCGAGGACCUUCACGAGGCAAACAGAGAGCUCACAAAGGCCCUGCAGGUGGCUGAGCUGAAGCAGAAGUGCACUGAGAAGAAGAACCAGGUCUUGGAGGAGCAGGUCUCGGCCCUGAAGCAACUCAUCAGAAAAAUCACACCAGCAUCUCUGAGUGGGUGACUGGGUACCUGCUGCAGCAGCUCUGCUCCUUGUCCCGGCAGGGGUCCAUCGGAUGUGAAAGCUGCUCCUGGGCUCUGGGAAGCACUGGCCUUCCUCGAGCCUGAACCUAGGAGCCAAGACAAGCUGUUGCUGGGCCAUCGUCUUUGUGGUGAGCGGGGCAGAGCAGCUGGGAGAAGAGCCCUCCUUCGGUUCAGGCAUCCCAGGCUUAGGGCAGAGUUGUUUUUCCGUGCUCAGCACUGUGCUCCGGGGAGCCCUCCUCGCUGCGCCUCCUCCAAGGAGACUGGGAAACACGGACGGUGGUACCAUCAUCGAUCUCAAAUUCACCAUAGUCUUUUAAACACCGCACCUGCAAAGCCAAAGGGCAGCUCUCUGAUUGAGGAGCAUUAGCACAUCAUUGCCGACCUGCGCACACGCCCCAAAACGGACUGCUGGGAGCCUCUGGUGUGCGUUGAGCGUCAGUCCAUCGAGGAGGACAAUCUCUUCCGACACCCCAGACCGCAGCUACCACGCAGAAGGGGAAAAGAGUCGAAAAUCCUCAAGGAAACUGCUAUACGAAGCAGGUUAAGGGCCCAGCUGCGUAAACUGCCGACAGCUUUCCCUCGCCUUCCUCCUGUGUUCCGGCAACUACUUUAAACGACGUAAAGAACUUACCUGCUUUCAAGCUUUUUAAGCACCUGGCUGCCCCUCACCUGGCUCUUCGCUAUGGCAUUUCUCAGCAGUUUCACAGAAGAACGUUUUUAGCGGAGUUCUGGUUGAGCGUCGCUUCCUGCUGCCUGCUCCCGCAGCCCUGCCAGCUGUGGCACAGCUGCUCCUGCGCGCGGCCGCCCCGUGAACUCGGCUGUAAGCAGCGACACGCGUCCAGAGCAAGCAGCUGACACACCUUUACCCUAACUGAGGGAGCCCGCAAGAACGCGGCUCAUCCGCAACGCUGCUCACAGCUCUCCUGUAAAACCAUCGCGGUGGCGAGCAGACUGAUCCUGCUUUCCCCUGCAGAGUAGGGCGGGCAGGCGCGACUCUGCGCAUCGGAAGGCUGAGAAGGAAGGUUAAGGCUGCUCAAGGCCCUCUCAGCGUCGGAAGGGACUCGCCUGAGAGGGCGCUUCAGACACGGCACCGCUGCUAAGACACCUUCCUGCCGCAGCGCCGCCGCGUUCGACGCCUCUGCGAGCGCGCAGCCCCACGGCCUUCUCGAGCAGCAACACGCGGGGCUCUGGUGGGCCCUGCGCGUCAGCUGGCAAAGCCGUGCAAGGCCCCUCCGGAGAGCCGCCCGCCCGGGGCGGCCGAGCAGGAGGAAUUCACCACACCCGCGUCCGCAAGCGGGGAGCCCGCGCUGGCUGAUCGGGUGACAGCCGCACGCGACCGUUCCUGAAGUCGAGAUCACGUUUGGUGCCUCCUCCUUCCCCAAAUCCCCCAAACAAGACUCGCACACUUCCAAACUUAGUUUU